AUGCAAAGCUUCGCCCUGAUCUUAGGCUUCCUGGCUUGUCUCGCACUCGCCACGCCUGCCGACGACGAGCCCCAGAAGCCCUUGUCUUCGACGUACGAUGAUAUUAUCCAGGCGGGCUACAAGACCGCGUACCUCCUCGACAGCAAGAAUUACACGGCACUGGGGGAAGUGUACGUGUCCUAUUCCUUUCCUCCCGUCCGAUAACCUCUGGAACAAACGCCGUGAUUUGCUCACGCCGCAGCAGCAUGACCGAGGACGUCGUCUACGACAGCAGCCCUCUCGGCCCUUCCUACGGCGGCAAAUCCGUCGGCCUCGAAAACGUCCAGAAAGCCGUCAAGGCAGCUUUCGGCGACGCCGACACGGAGCACGUCGUUACGAAUCUCUACAUCAAAGAGAUGAUCUCUUCGAUUAAGACGAAUGUCAUCACGUAGUGAGUCUAUCUUUUCCAUCCCAUCCAUCCAUUUAUCGUUUGAGUAGUAGGAGAAUCAUGACAACACACUCACUGAUGCCCCCAAUCAACCACACAGUAUCACGUACUCGCGCUGGGAUAAGGAUGCGCACCACGAUAUCAAGAAGACGUUCCGUAUCUGGUACAAGUGCGAUGAUAUCUGGGUUCUGCAGGACGGCGCUUGGAAGAUGAAGUAUAGUCUGGUGCGGAAUAUGGCGCCGAGGGUGGAGGCUCCCUCUUUUGGCGGCGGAAAUUGA